AUGAACAUCUCCGGGCCAAAACUAGUCAAAAACAUGACCAAGUGGCUAUCAACCCGCGACAGCAUCCCGCUAGAUCUCCCCGGCGGGCCGCUCCCCGUCACCGCGAGUACCGGGUACCCGGCUACGCUGGUCAUUCUGCAUGAUGAGCUUGAAGCGCCACUGGGGAAGGUGCGGGUGAAGAGGGGCGGGCCUGAGAGUGCGAGUUUGAGAGGGCAUAGAGGGUUGAUUAGUGUGCUGGAGACGUUGAGGGGGAAGGGGCUGUUUCCCGCGAAGGGCAAGAUGGGAUCGGCGCCGGUGCUUGGGAAGAAGCGUGGGAAGGGGGGAGGAGGGGUUGCCGAGGGAUUUGGAUGUUUUGAGGGUGGGCAUUGGGAUUGGGAGGCCGGUGGGCAGGGAGAAGGAUGCCGUUGCGGAUUACGUGUUGACGGAGAUGGAGGGGAGGGAGUUGGAGGCUGUUUCGAGGGCGGCGGAGAGUGUGGUGGAUGUUUUGGAGGAGGAGAUGUGUCGGGUUGCGUCGUGAGGGAGGGAGAUUUAUCCUUGCAGGAUCUAGAGCAUGUGUAUAUGGGAGGCUGUGCGGUUAUGAUUGUAUUAUAUGACUUAUAUAGAGAGGGCUACAGCCCAUGUACGAUGGACGACAUGAGCCCGGUUUGA